GCAGCAUCGAUCAACCAACAACAUCAACGCCAGCGAUUUUGCCAGGAUGAAGGCUGGACAACGAAGCUGCCACGAUAUACUCCGUACAGCCAUUGCAACCGGUGCACUUACAACAACGAUAACCACCUCUCCCUUUUAAUCAACGCCCACUUUCACCCAGGAACCAUGACUUGGCCCGGUUCCUCUCUAUUCUGGCAUCACUGAUUCCAUUACUAUUCUCGCCGCACUCGCCUCCAGCAAGAAUGAGCCCAAAAGGGUUUUCUCAGUUCCAGUUCCCGCCACCUUCGGGUGCUCCACCAUCAUCCCAGACCACUCGAACCCUCCGUAGAUACCAAUCGCACCAAAGUCUCUCAUCGCAUUCCCCAACUUUCCCACCUCAACCCCGCCCACCCCUCCACCGCAAUACCGCCAGCCACCGGGAGCGUACAGAAGAAAAUGCGGCCUCCCAAAAUAUGCAACCACAUGUGCCAAUGACACGUACUCGAGCUCGAACUCGAUCGAAUAGCGAUGUCACCGCUAAUAGCCUCGCCGCUUUCCAGCAACAACAUCAGCAGUACCACGACCACGAGCAUCACCAACCCCAGCCUCAUAAGCGACCUACUGGUGGAAGAAAGUCAGGGUCAUUGGGACUCCAAGGGAAGCGGUCUGGUUUGGAUGCUUUGCUACGGGAAGGCCCGCCGGAAGACAGCAUUGCAAGUGGUUUACAGGACCUAAGAUAUCUUGUUCUGUCCAAUAGGGUUGAUUCUGACAGCGAUGGAAUGUCCCCGAAUCGCAUUUACCUUUGGCUAGCCCUUCUUAACGUUGCACCUCUGCCAACGGAUGAAUAUCUUUCGCUUGUCCAUCGAGGACGUUCUCCGGCAUAUACAAAAAUCCGCAAUGAUACUUUCCGCACUUUAGCUACAGACCCUCUUUUCAAGCGCCGUGUCACAGAGGCGAGUUUGAUUCGCCUGCUCAAUGCCGUUGCCUGGAAAAUCCACGACUCGAAAGAAGAAACCGCAAAACUCUCUUCCUUAUACCAACAAUCAUGUCAUCCCAGAAACCCCUCACCAGAGCCCUCGCCGUCCACAACAGACGGUUUCUCCUCCGCCCCUUGUAACACCCCUUCUACAACUUCACAUGCAACCUCUGAAUCCGCAAUCUACGUACAAGGAAUGAAUGUCCUCUGCGCCCCAUUUUUAUACGCUUCCAGGAGUGAAGUAGAAGCAUUUGCUCUUUUUCAUUAUUUUGUCACCCGAGAAUGUCCUGGGUAUGUUAGAGGCACUAUGGACGGGGUACAUAAAGGACUUAAGCUUGUGGAUAGAUGUUUGGAGGUCGUCGAACCCAAACUAGCAAACCACCUGUUUAGGAAGGGAAUGUAUGCUGAAUUGUAUGCAUUCCCCUCUGUUCUCACGCUAUGUGCCUGCACUCCGCCGCUGCCUGAGGUCUUGCACCUCUGGGAUUUCCUUUUCGCUUACGGACCGCAUCUAAAUAUUCUGUGCAUUGUUGCUCAGCUAAUUAGGUUGCGGGAUACAAUUUUGGCAAGUCCAAGUCCAAACAAAAUUCUACGGUCGCUUCCUGCACUAGAUGCCAAAGAAAUCAUUGCUCUUACUGUCUUGAUCGUACGAAAAAUUCCUGACAACCUGUACGAGGAACUUGUUACUCAUGCUCAAUAAACUCUCCCACCUAUUAGAACGACUUUUCUUUCUGAUUGUUUUCCUCGUUUUCGUUCUUCCAUUCCCUCGAUCUAUUUUUUUGAUUCCUCCAUCCAAAGGGGUUCUAUUGAUAUUUUACUACUUAUCUUUGGUCCCCAUUUCUUGGCCAUUUGGACCACCCAAAUGCCUCAACAUUGCUUAUUUGAUGGUUAUUUUCACUUAUCUCCUCAAUAAGUUUUUUAGCCUUGUGUCCUGUUGUCUUUGCCUAGUUUUACACAAGGCUCGGGAAUUUAGUAGCCCGGAUGGCUUGAUACAAGAGAAGUAUUUUCUUUGUUUUGUUUGAGUGGAUGAAGAAAACGAAUAUAUGUGUAUAUUAGAUUCCAUAAUGCUGCUGAUGAUUAUUAUGAAAAUAUAAUGAGAAAGAUGGGCGGGGGUUAUUUAGCUAUCAAUAUCAGUUUCUCUCACUGAA